UAUAGUUAUAGUAGAAGCUAGAUGAACAUAAAAUUUAACUGAUCUAACUUAUUGUUUUAUUUUCAGGUUAUCAACAGUGUGUUAGUUCCAACUAUUGGUGAGCAAAUUAUGCUGGCUCGUAUCAUUGAUGAGGAGCGAGAGUAUGACCGUCAGGGCAGCCCAAGUGAUACUUGGAACUACUGGUUAAAUGUGAAGCAGAAGAAUAUUUGGUGGAAAGAGCUAUAUGAGUUAGAUCAAGCUGCACGAGGAGUGUUGCCAAAAAAUAAAGACAAAGAAAAGGUGACGUUUGCAGAAGGAUCAUCCUCUAAUUCUGGUUUAGAUUCGAGGUUGCAAGGUCUGGAAGAGAGGAUUUUGGAGUUCAUGGGAGAAGGAUUUGUUGGACUUCACGUAACGGUGGAGACAAAGCUAGAGGCUCUAGGCUCAAGGAUGAGUCAUAUUGAAAAGAACCAGCGGAUUUUGAAAAGAAGGGCUAAGAAAAUGGAAGACAAGCUAACUUCUAUUGAGAGUAAGGUGGAGCCGAGUCAUGGUGAAGACAUGGAUUUUCGACAGUGGGACUAUGGUACAUAUGAAGAGAAGGAGAAAGCUAAUUCUGAGAAGGACAAAGCUAAUGCUGAGCAAGAGGCUGGGAAAGAGAACGAUAACAUCGAGAAUACUGAGCAAGAGGCUGAGAGAAAAAAUGAUGAAGAAGGGGAAGAGAAAGAGGCUGAUGACAAUGCUCAGCAAGAGGAUGAGAAAGAGAAGGAAAAUAGUGAGGCUGAUGAGCAAGACAAGGAAGACAGUGAGAGUGAGA